GUUGUUGUUUUGUAUUUAAAGGUGAACAUGAUGGUUUUUUACAUUUUGUUGAUUCGAGUAAAGCAGCUACACCAGUAUCACGUUCUGGUGGUGCAUAUAUUUCAAUCUAUCAACAUCAAAACUAUUCAGGUUCAAUAACACCAUUAAGUUGUCAUUCUCAUCUAUUUGAAACAAUGCAUUUUGAAAGUUUAAAAGAAAAAUUAAAUAGAUUAUCAUACGAUAAAGCUGAUCUUGAUGAUCCAUAUAAUACAUCAUCGAAACAACAAAAUAUUAAUAUGAAUGAAGGACGUACAACACCAACAGCUAAUUCGGAAUUUUCAUCAAAAAAAUCAUCAAAAAAACCAGCACCUUUUGGUCUUGUUAAUAUUGUUCAAGAAGCAACACCUAUUUUUCCAGAUGAACAUUUAAUUAUUCCAUCAAUUGAUGAUUCACAAAAACCAACAGCAGUUCAACAAUUAGCUGAACAAACUUCUCAAAUACUUGAUGAUAUUCCACCUACUUGUGUUAAUCAAACACCUGUAGGUGAACGUUUUAUAAAGUCGAAAAAUAUUCCGGAGCAAGCACGUGCAUUAGCUCAUGCACUUAAACAUGCCGUUGUUAAUCCAAUAAAAAAAUCGAUGUCAAAAAAAAAAUCCUAUGAUACAAAUCCUCCUAUGGAACAACAAGUAACAAGUUCAUAUCAACCAUAUCUACAUUCAUUUUCUAAUCCAUCAUCAUUUUCUGAUCAACAACAAUUCAAUGAAAUAUCAGUUGAUUCAUAUGAAUCAACAAGUUUAAUCGCAUUAACACCACCACCAACAAAACCACCACGACAAAAUGAUGAAUCUGAUUCAUCAUCAUCAAUUAUUGAUGCUGCGACAAUACCGCCAGCAAAACCACCAAGACAUUUUUCUGUAUAUAGUAGUCAAAGUUUAAUACAUGAAACAGAUCAUGUUGUUAAAAAAAUUUUAAAUCUUGCGGAUACAUUUGGUGGUACUGUAUCACAAGAUGAUAAUGAUAAGAAUUUAUUACGUGAAACAUCAGCAUUAAAUACAAGUAAUGAACAAAUCCUAAAAAAUAUUGAAACAUUUUCUGUUGAACCAAGUCGGAUUGCAAUGAAUACUGAUACACCAAUAAUAAUCAAAACUUUUAAUUAUGAAAUUGAUAAACCAUUGAUAAUUAAAAUAUGUUCAUCGUCAUUAGAACAAUCUCUCGAUGAAAUACUUUCAAAUAAUAUUAUUCAUUUAGCGACGAAUAUAGCAAAAAAUAUUUUAGAAGAAAUUCAACGAGAUUUAAAAGAACAAAAUAAAGCAAUAAAUAACGAUCAAGUUGAAGAGCAACAAACUAAUAAAACGUCUUCUAAUAGUACUUCAUCAUUUCCGCAUUCUAUAAUUACAACUAAUAUAUCGCCUACUCAGUCUAUUUUACGUCCGUCAAUGCAUCUUAUACUAAAUUCGGAAUCUAAUAAUUCGACAAAUUCACCAAAACUAAUUUCACCAUUACGUGAAAUUGUUACACGAACAUCAACACCAUCAUUUAAAACUUCUAUAACUGUAGUUAGUACAUCACCAAGUUUAGUUUCAUCAACAAAUACAAUUACGAAUCUCGAUGAUGAACUAAAUAGUAAUCAGUCAGAAUCUGUUGAAUCUAUGACUAGUAAACAAAAUCAUUUAGACUCAAAGAUUAUGACAAAUAAUGAUAAUACAGUAUUUUUUUCACAAAAUACUUCUAAUACAACAUCAACUCAUUCAUUUCUAUCUGAUUAUGAUAAUUUACAUGAAUCAUACGGAAGUUCCUAUGAUGAUAAUCAACGAACACAAAUCACACCAUCUUCACUUCCUUUAUCAUCAUCGCCAUCGUCAUCAUCAAUGACUACUAUUUAUGAAAGUUUAGAAACUAUUUCAUCUACAACUACUCCAACAUAUGUAUCAGCAGUUAGUACAUUUGAUGCUGAUGGUACAUCAACACCAUUACAGCGUGUUAAUUCGGAUAUAAGUGAUGAUGAUGAUGAUGACGAUCACAAUACUAUUGAUAGAUUAUCAGAAGAUAAUCUCGAAACAACAUCACCAAUUGAAUCUUCCAUUGUUAAUGAAGGUAAAUAAAUUUAGAAAUAUCUCUAUUAACUCAUAGAAUUAAGACUAAGAAAACAACUUUUCUAGCUCAAAAUGAAUCGAGAAAUCAAUAAUGUAAGCAAAGAUAAAAAGCAUGAAACGAUUUUUUGAGAAUGAGUUUAUGCAUAUUAGAAAAAAAAAACAUAUAUAUUUAUCGCAUGUAGUUAAAAAAAAUUUAUAAAAUUUUUCUAUGCGCGAAUAAUAUUACAUAUAUUGCAUUAUGUCUGUGUAUAUAUAAAUGUUGAACAUAUAUACUCUAAGGGAAUGUGUGUGUGAUACGGUUUAUAAUAAAUGCUGUUGUUCGUUGCAUGUUUGUUUGUACUUAUUGUUGUAUUUCUUUGUCUAUGUCUAUAUAUCGUAUUUUCCUUCUUCUUCUUCUUUUUCUUCGUCUUCGUCUUCUCCUUUUUCAUCAUCAUCAUUCACUCCCGGCAUUGAGUAUGUGUAAACAAUAGAAAAUAAUCGAUCAUCAAAGUAAAGAAAAAAAAUGAAUAAAGACAAGACACUUUUUUCAUUGAAUGUUUGUCUUAUCGACUAACGUAGUUUUUCUUUUUUUAUUAUUAUUAUUGCACCUAUUUUCCUUCAUUUGCUUACGUGUUUGCAUGAUGACGGAUGGUCGUUUACCCUUCUUCUCCAUUUCUUAACAGCGC